AUGCACUUUCGCCCGGUCGAACAGUCGAUGGAUGACGAGUAUCUCGGGCAGGGAGGCGGCAGCGGCGGAGGCGGUCCUGGCGAUGUGACGGCGCCGGAAGCUGGAGCUCGUUCUGGCGGCAUGUAUUUUUCUCUCGACGAUGUGUUUGGCUCUGAAUCCGAAGCAGUCCCGGCGUCUGGCGAUGGUCAUGGCAAUGCCGCUGCUCUCGUCUCUUCUCUCGACAGGCCUGAGAGCCCUCGUCAUCCUUCUGAUAUGCGGCGGCUGGAGACAGAACACGCAACUGCGGGGUACCGCGAAGGCAUCUCGACGGCAAAGGAACAGACGGUCCAGGCUGGCUUCGACGAGGGCUUCAGUCUCGGCGCUACGAUUGGCCUGGCUGCAGGCCAGUUGCUCGGUAUGCUGGAAGGCAUCGACGACGCUCUGAAAAGCAGGCUGGGCGGCCAAGCCGGCAGCCAAGAUGGACAAGGCACCGCAUCCGCAACGGCCACGUCCGAGUUGCUGGCAGAGGCGAGACAAGAGCUGAGCGUGCUCAAGAUUUUCAGCCCGGAUUACUGGGCCCCUGAUGGAAACUGGAGCUACGACGUCGAGCCCCAUGGCGACGGCGAGGGCGAGGGCGACGAGAUGCUGUUCCCUGAUGUGGCCAAAGCCCACCCCUUGAUAAGGAAGUGGACCGCCAUCGUCGACGAGCAGGCCAGGCUGUGGAAGAUUGACCGGUCUGUGCUUGAUGGCGAUGCGAGCAUGGAGGCUGCAGCAGACGACACAACCACUGCUGGCACCAGCACUGCUAGCACAACUACUAGUACUGCUAUCCCGCUCCCUCCGCCUGCAUCGAGGCAGCCUCUGGAUUGGUGACAAGGUAAAGGAUACGACGAGACACGCGCAAAGCGCUCUUCGCCUUUACCGAGCAAAGAAUCCAGUCCCCUGGCUCUUCUCCGGCCACGCCAUUGCCACGCCAUGUAUGUCUUGCCUUAUCUUGGCAUACCUUGGCUUCAAUGCUUGACCUACCUUGGCCUUUCGCUUGCUUGCUCCAGCAUGCGGCUUGUGGCUCUUUGCUUGCUCACCCUUGGAGGCUACCCGGCAUUGCUGGGGAAGACUAGAUACUAUUUUUGAAGAGGCGAUAGCCAAUAACCUACGUCCUAACCUUACCGAAACGAAGCAGUCAUGGUAUGUACCUACAUUCACGAGAUGGAACAAAAGGCAAGUCAUAGGAAUAAAUUAUGCCAUUUUAUGCCACGCCUGAAGAAGGGUUACCGAAAUUCCGAUCAUCGGAGUGG